UCGAGGCGCAGCCAUGUUGUCCAUACUUUGCCUACUGGCAGCCUCGCUGGCCGCCGUCAGCGCCCAAUGGGACCCCAACGUGGCGAACGGCCGCAGCGCCAUGGUCCACCUGUUCGAGUGGAAGUGGGCGGACAUCGCGGCCGAGUGCGAGCGAUUCCUGGCGCCCAAGGGCUAUGCUGGCGUACAGAUAUCGCCGCCAAACGAGUACAUGUCAAUCACCACCAACAAUAGACCGUGGUGGGAACGAUACCAGCCUGUCUCCUACAGGAUUGUCAGCCGAUCUGGUUCGGAGUCCGAGUUCAAAGACAUGGUGAACCGCUGCAACAACGUCGGAGUCCGGAUCUACGUGGACGCGGUGAUCAACCACAUGAGCGCCUCGUGGAACGGCCUCAGCGGCGUGGGCGGCAGCAAGCCCAGCGGCUACAGCUACCCGGACGUGCCGUACGGCACCAACGACUUCCACCAGCCGCCCUGCACCGUCAACAACUACAACGACGCCAACAACGUACGAAACUGUGAGUUGUCUGGACUUCACGACCUUAAUGAUGGGUCCGACUACGUACGGGGCAAGAUUGUGGAAUAUAUGAACAAGCUAAUCGGCUAUGGAGUUGCAGGAUUCAGGAUUGACGCAGCCAAACACAUGUGGCCAAACAAUCUAGCCAAAAUCUACGGCGCACUAAGCAACCUCAACAGUAAUUAUUUUGGCGGAGGCAAGCGACCAUUCAUCUACCAAGAAGUCAUCGACCCAGGUACUGAAGCCGUGAAGAAAGGCGAGUAUGUCGGCAUGGGAAGAGUCUGUGAGUUCAAGUAUGGAACAGAGCUGGCAAACUGCUUCAACAGAAAGAACCAGAUGAAGUGGCUGUAUAACUUCGGUGAAAGUUGGGGCCUGGUCAACGGUAACAAUGCACUUGUGUUCAUCGAUAACCACGACAACCAGAGAGGCCAUGGUGGCGGCGGAAACGUCAUCACAUUCCAAAACCCAAAACUCUACAAGAUGGCGAAUGCCUUCAUGUUGGCGUGGCCGUUUGGCUUCCCACGAGUGAUGUCCAGCUACCAGUUUGGUAGCUCGGACGAUGGUCCACCACAGGACGGCAACCAACACAUCAUCUCUCCCACCAUCAACUCUGACGACUCAUGCGCUAGGCCCUGGGUGUGUGAACACCGCUGGAGGCAGAUCUACAACAUGGUCGGAUUCAGGAACAAUGCAGGAACUACCGCGAUGAGCAACUGGUGGGACAACGGCAACUACCAGAUUGCUUUCUCCAGAGGAAACACCGGUUUCAUUGCCAUUAACAACGAGGCCAAUUCCGACCUGAAACAAACGCUUCAGACUGGCCUACCCGCUGGUUCAUACUGUGACGUCAUCUCUGGUAACAAGAGUGGAAGCAGCUGCACGGGCAAGACCAUCACCGUUAACGGUGAUGGAACGGCCUACAUCGAAAUCCCUUACAACCAGGACGAUGGUGUUGUGGCUAUCCACACAGGCGCCAAGCUGUAAUCUCGCAGUAUGACUGGAAGCCGUUAUACAGACCACAGGAACGAACUGACAAAGCAGAUUAAUCAAUACCAACUUCACUGAUCAAUGCUAAAUUUCAUUUUAUUUUUAAAUGUAAAAGUGAAACAAACUGAUGCGCUGUAACUUAAUUUGAUGAAUA